AUGUUCCAAAAAACUCAUGCUUGUUCAGUGAGAAGAGUAUCGAUUAAAGAUAAAGAGAAGAGUUUGUUUCCAUCAUCAAAAAAGAAAAACAUUUCUGUAGUUAAAGCUUGGUUGAUAGAGGGUAAGUCAUUAGGGUUAAGAAAUGUGGAAAGCCAUCCAACCAUUUCUGAAUUAUCACAUCAAGAUAUCAUUAAGGAGCAAAGACCUUUGUACAUUUCAACAACAUCUAAAUGUCUAAUUCUAAAAUUAGAUUCCAAAGCUCAAGAAGGUACUGAAGAACAAGAUAAGUAG